AUGACCACCGCGGUCCUAGCACCCCCGUCAACAAGAAUAGAGCGCCGCGAACCGCUGGCCACGAUUGGAAUGGCCGCUUCCCAAGCGCAAUCGCGUGCGUCCGCGUCCGGCAAGACUCGAGCGCCGCGGCGAAGCACGCGCAAUAGCGCGAAUCAGCAGGGCCUGGAAGAAAUCGCGAACGAGAGUAAGCGUAAAGCGGGUUACGAAGAUGAUGAGGGAUUUCAAUUCGCCCGCGUACCAUCCAAGAAGUCGAAACCCACUUCCACGAUGGAAUUAGUCCCCGAGAACCCCGCGUCCGAUCUUGAAAAUACACCUGUGCAAUCUACGCCGAGGAGGGGACGGCCGCCGAAGAAGCGCGCGGGGGAGAGUGCGACAGCUGCGACAGCGAAGAGGAAAUCAACGGAACUUCCGACCAGGCGGCCGGUGAAAGGCGCGAUGUCUUCUGAACCGGAUCACCGGGAGCAGCCUGAGCAGAAGAAGAAGAAACCCGGUCGUCCGUCUAAGUCGAAAACUGCGGAUACGAAUGGGUUCAGAUCGCCCGAGCCUACUAAGGUUGCCUUGCCGGUAGCGGAUACGCCAGUCAUACAGCGCAAUAAGGAACUGAGGGGGAAGAAAUCGGGCAAAGGGCGGCGACGAAUUAGUUCGGAGAUGCGUGGACGGAGAGCUAGUUCUUUGAUCGAUUCGGGUGCCUCUAAUGCUUUACCGCAUCGAGAGGUUCGCACGGCCGACUUUUAUAAACACAUUGCGGACGAAGGUCUUUCGGAGCCGCGCAGGAUGCGACAGCUUUUGAUAUGGUGUGCGACGCGUGCUUUGGGUGAUAAGCCGUCAAGCUUUCAUCAGGAGGACCAGAGUGCGCAUCUUGCUGCUCGUGUUAUACAAGAGGAUUUACAGAAAGAGUUCUCCUCCAACUCGAAUCUUUCAGAUUGGUUCAGUCGGGAAGAAUUGCAUCCAGCCUCGGUUGUGGUCAAGAAGCCGAAUCCGAGGAACAUACAGAACACAGAAAAGAUUAAGGAGCUGGAGGAACAAAUACUCAAGCUACAAAAAGAGAGACAUGCGCUGAAUGCUCUUCUCAAACAACCGCCAAUCCCACGCAUCGACACCGAAUCAAAUCCACCAACGAAGUCCCCUAGAAGAAUCCCCGCGAAGAAAUCGAUAUAUCUAUCCUCGACCCCUCCCAACAAGCCCUCUACAAAUUUCUCAAUCCCCCCCGAAUCCUCCACAGAAGAAGAAUCCUCCACCUCAUCAAAACCCCGACCCUCCUCCAUCUCUCCUGCAGAUAUUUCAGCCCGCCUCUCUCGAAUCACCACAGGACUCGCCCCGACACUCGACGCACUUGCAGCAGGACUCCACGAUAUCGAAUUAUACCGAUCUACGGCAGAUACAUUCUCAUCACAGGUCCUACGCAUCUGCGCCCAACGUCUCGAAGAACGCGAUGCGCAAAACAUGCAAAAGCAUCUCGCGAUCGAAGGCGAGGAUAUCGAGACCCAAUCUUCUUCGCGCGUGGCCCCGUCACAACCACGCCCGAGGCAAGAUCUGGGCCUUAUACUUGGAGCUCUUAGCCGGGUUGAAAGGCGAUAG